UUGAACGCACGUGUCUUCGCAAAUGUAAUUGACGUUUUUUAAUUCGUUUUAUCAGAUAAUCCAUCAAAUUAUAAUCUUGAAUUUAAACUAAAUCAGAAUAAUUAUAAUAAUUCCCAUUCUUCACGUGAUUAGAUAAAAGAAAUAGGAAAUUUAUAUAAAGGUCUCGCGUCCAUCAAAGUCCACCAGGCGUCAAUAUGAAGUUCUUGUUGGUAGUCUGUCUUGCGGUCGCUGUAUCGGCAUAUGAGCCGAUUACCACCAACUACCAUGAGGAGGUCGGCAUCCCUGAGGCCGCUCGUAUCAAGCUGGCUGAAGAGGCUAUGGACUUCGAUGGCAGCAGGAUCGUAGGUGGAUCAGCUUCUUCUCUUGGAGCUCACCCUUUUAUGGCAGGACUAGUGAUCCAGCUUGAAAGCGGUAGAGAGUCUAUCUGCGGAUCCUCCCUUAUAUCCAAUACAAGAUUAGUGGGAGCAGCUCAUUGCUGGAGGGACGCUCGCAACCAGGCUCGCCAGUUCAUCGUCGUCCUCGGUUCCAUCCGCAUCUUCUCUGGAGGCGUCCGCCAAGUCACCACCAGGGUUACUUUACACGAAAACUACAACCCUACCAACUUGAACAACGACGUGUCUAUUAUAACGAUCAACCAUGUUUCAUAUACCAACAAUAUCAACCGUAUCAACCUCGCCAGUGGUAACCAGGACUUUAUUGGUCAGUAUGGGCUUGCUAUUGGAUUUGGAAGAACUGGUGAUGCUGCCCAAGUCACACAAAACCAAGCUCUAAGACAUGCGAACUUGCAAAUAAUCAACAACGACUUCUGCACGCGCAUCUACGGUAACGUGGUGGUCGUCGCGUCCACUCUCUGCACCGCUGGUGGCAGGCAGAACGUCUGCGGCGGUGACUCCGGUGGCCCUCUUGUCAUCGGCACUGGUGCUAACCGCCAACUGGUCGGUAUUGUAUCGUUCGGCUCGAGCUCGGGCUGCGGCCGCGGCCACCCCGCAGGGUUCGCGCGCGUCACCGCCUUCAACUCCUGGAUCAGCAGACACAUCUAGAUCUACACUCUAAUCGAAAC